AUGAAAAUUCACUCUAUUUUAAUUGUGUUAUUCUCAAUAGUUUAUACAUCAUCUGUUAUCACAGCUGAAGAAAUCAGAGGUAUUUCGCGAACGUAUCUUCUACACUCGGCUUUAGCAAGAAAAUUCUACGGUGGUGAAAGAAUAAGUAAUAUGAUAACAAAGUUCAAUGAACGAAGAGCAGCAGGUAUUUUGGCACAACCAAGAGUGGGAAGAACGAUGGGAGGAACAAGUCUUACUAGGUCUGAUGGUCCUACAGGUUUGGUUUCAUAUCCUAGAGUUGGCCGAUCAGAUCACUCUUCCUCUUAUAUCAACUUGAAUCAAGUAAAUCCUAUUAAAUUAAACCUUGAUCCACGAGAACCAUCUCAUAACUUCAAUUCUGAUGUUUCAAUGGAUCUCGAUUAUCAAGAACGUCUCGACAGCGAUGAAAAAACAUGGAAACCAAUCGACAUUUUAACAAAAGGUGUUCUAUGGGCCGGCAUUAAACCAAGACGUGAAACAAGAACAGAACAAAAACAUUUGAGAUUGUACCGCAGCGAGGGUGACACUGAUGAAAACUGGAUUGCUUUGCCAGUUCAACUGCAAGAUUUUUCAGAUUCAGAGCCGCAGCAACAAUCAUCUCAAGAUGAAUCGAAAAUCACGAGGGAAAUAAAUCAUGCUUGA